CUCAUUCACACAUGAAGCAUAAGGCUGUGCGUAAACCGUGCAUACUGAGGAUUUACGCGUAAAUUUCUGUUUCAUUAAAAUAAUCUUAACUGAAUUUGCACUUCGGAGUACAGAUGUACCUUUCCUUUACGUCAUGGAAACGAACACGUGAUGAAAGCCGGGCUGUCUUAGAGCAUUUAAACAAACAUCUUUACACUUAAUGCUAUUACUUAUCCACAUGUUGGAUCCCAUCCCUAAUCCAACUCUAACCAUUUGUCCAAGUCGAGGUCAGGCAGGAGUCUCGUGGGAUGUGAUGUUUGUAGACGGCAUUGUAAUCUGUACUGGGAGUAGAAAGCAGAUGGAAGAACGUCUGGACAGUUGGAGGACCAUCCUGGUGCAGAUGGUGAGUGCUGCAGGGACCGGAUACUUCUUCAACACAAAGAGGAACCGACUCAGAGACAAACUGGUGCUGCGCAAACACGAUCCAUUUGUGAACAAGCACGUCCUGUUUUUUGAGAAGAGGAAGAUCAGAUCGAUUUAACCGCAGCACACCGACACACACAGAUGGACAAAAUGAACUUGCAGAGGUUUAAAGGCAUCGUUUUUAUUGCCGGGGAUGGUACAGCGGGUUAAUCUGGUUGACGUGUUUAUCAGAGGAUUUCUUCCUGGAUGGAUAAAAGUGGAACUCCAGGCUUGAACAAAAGAGACUUGAAACCAGAAAAGUGAUGUUAUGUAAGGGGACCACCGCUGCCAUGAUCUGAAGCUGUUCAUUGGUUCAAAAUAAUUAUUUAAUCGGGUGAAUGUACUUUGUGAAACAUUUGUUGUGGUUAAUUCAAAUAAAAUAAUCUCAAUGAUU